CAGUAGCCCGCGACAGACGUAUCAAACUUUUGCUGUGUAAUCCGUACAGGCGAGGCUGACAGGCGUUCUUCUUCAGAGUAUUUUAUAGAUAUUUCAGGUUUUGCGUGUUUUACACAAUGGAAUAUCUAAUCGGAAUACAGGGACAGGAUUUUGUCCUCGUCGCCGCCGAUAAUGUUGCUGCUUCCAGCAUCAUUCAGAUGAAACACGACUAUGACAAGAUGUUCAAGCUGAGUGAGAAGAUUCUGCUGCUGUGUGUGGGAGAAGCAGGAGACACGGUGCAGUUUGCAGAGUACAUCCAGAAGAACGUUCAGCUGUACAAGAUGAGGAACGGUUACGAACUCAGUCCAGCAGCAGCUGCAAACUUCACAAGAAAGAACCUGGCAGACUACCUUCGGAGCAGGACUCCGUACCACGUCAACCUGCUGCUGGCCGGCUUCGAUGACACCGACGGGCCGGGUCUCUACUACAUGGACUACCUGUCCUCUCUGGCCAAGGCGCCGUUCGCUGCCCACGGAUACGGAGCCUUCCUCACCCUGUCCAUCCUCGACAGAUACUACCGACCAGAUCUGACGCGAGACGAAGCCGUGGAUCUGCUGAAGAAAUGCAUUGAGGAGCUCAACAGACGCUUCAUCCUGAACCUCCCCUCCUUCACCGUCCGGCUGAUUGACAAGGAGGGCAUCCAUGACCUGGAGAAGCUCACCCUGGGCUCCAAGUGACCGCCGACGCUCCCCAGCAGCCCUCUGUGUUUUUUAUUCUACCGCUGACCUCCUGUUCCUUCUGUUCCAAUAAAACAUGACACACAGCCUG